AAUUCGUCUUGUGGGUAGCAACGAAAAAAAAAAAGAACCCCACAAAAGUUUCAAAACUCCAUCCCGGAUCCAUCUUUGAGGCAGUCCAGCAGCUUACAGCCUCUCUCUCUCUCUCUCGCGAUGUCAAUCGACCAAGGCACCUUCGAAUCUCUAGUUCCUUCCCGCUUCACCACAUUCACAUUCCCCAACCCCUCCUCCUCCUCUUCCUCUCUCUCCCCCAACCCUCUCCACACCCCACUCCUCCGAGUCGCCGUCCUCGACUCACCCACUCAACACACCACCCCUCUCAUCGCCGCCAUGCUCGUCCCCACCCACCGCGAGUCCGACUGGACCUUCUCCACCCACUCCGGCCACCUUCUCCUCCUCGCCUCCCACCACCACCACCACCACCACCACAUCUCCCGCCUCAUCCUCAUCGGUAACCUCCCCUCCUCCCCUCACCCCACACCCUACACACGCUCUAUACAAUCUCUAUCCCACGUCCAAGACGCUUUAACCCCAUUACUCCUUGCCUUGUCUCCUAAAUCAUCUUUCCAACACGGUCUUCCCGAAAUACCCUUCUUGGAUUACGAAGACGAUCUCAUUCGCAGUGCUGUGGUGGACACAUGCGUGGGGUCUUGUGUUGGUGAGAUGUUGGUCGAGGAUGUUGAGUUGGAGGGAAGAGGGUUUAGGAGGAGGUUGAGGUUCAAGCGAAUGCCCAAUUUGAUUCAGACCCAGGUUAGAAUUGUCCCCAUUGAUAGAAGUUCUGAUGUGGGUUUUGCUGGUUUGGGAGAUUUAGGGUUGUUUAGGCUGGACAUGGGUAGUUUGGUUCAGCCUUAUUUGGGUCCAAUGGUGGCUGGUCUGUCAGUGAUCGGUUCGUGUUUGGAACGGAGGGUUCGAGACGGGUUUAGGCUGAAAGCAUUGUGCUUGGGAGUAGGAGGUGGGGCUUUGGUUACGUUUUUGAAUGAUCAGUUGGGGUUUGAGGUGUUAGGGGUGGAGGCUGAUGAGGUUGUUUUAACCGUCGCAAGAAAGUAUUUCGGGUUACGAGAAUCUAAGUUUGUUAGAGUUUGUGUUGGAGAUGGAAUAAGAUUUGUGCAACAAAUUGCAGGCCGAGGCGAAAAUGCAAAUUUUGAUUCUUUGAGUGAUUGCUUUGGUGUUAAAUUAGAUUCUAUAUUCGAUGUGAUUAUGGUUGAUUUGGAUUCAAGUGAUGCCAGGAUGGGUACAAUGGCCCCACCAUUGGAGUUUGUGGGGAAGUCUGUUCUUCAUGCUGCUAGAUUGGUUGUUUCGGACCAUGGAAUUCUUGUAAUUAAUGUGAUUCCGCCAAGCAGGUCAUUCUAUGAGAAAUUGGUGCGUGAGUUGCAGGAGUUUUUCGUGGAGUUGUACGAGAUAGAUGUCGGAAAUGGAGAGAAUUUUAUUUUUAUUGCUACUGCAUCACCAGUUGGGACCGAUUCCAGAGACUCCGAGAAUUCUUUUCUCACAAAGUUGAAGCUGGUUAUCAACGGAGAGUACUUGAAUUCCAUAAGGAAAAUUUGAAGGUUAAAGAAUCCUCAGUUCAAGCGUAAACAUUUGCCUCAUUGCUCAGAUACAACUGACCUGAUAUGUUGAGUGAGAUGGUUGUUAUAUGGUGAUUUUGAAGCAUAAAAGAAGACGACUUGACUGCAAGUGGUGUAUGUAGGAGCUUUCCAUUCAACAUCAGGUCGAACUAUCAGGGUUUUCUAUUUUACUACGGCUUGAACUAUUUGGUAAUCAUGGCAUUUAAUGAGAUUGCUAACAUCAGUUGCGCUAAGGAGAUUGAAUGCAAUGGGCAUGUAUCUCCUGCUACUCUUUAAGGAAGAGCAUUUGGUGUGCUUGGGUAAAGUGCAUUGUAACUGUGGCUUAUUUUACCGUUCUGGUUGGGCUGCUUUUGAGGCCAUUUUAUCAAGUCGGUAAGGAGAGUUAAGGAGGGCAAUAGCCAAGCAAGCUUGGUUUGAUGUUCCUUUUUGGGCAAAUGUGAAGUGUUUCUGGAGGCUGGAGAAGGAAUGUGUGCAUUUUCUGGGAUAUUGAGAUGCAUUUCAUCCGAGUUUAAAAUGUGCACCCUAAGAGAUAUCGGGUAAGAAUGGUUGAUUGCCAUGUCAAAAUUCAAGCCACUGCAGUUCGGUUUGAGAAUCAGUUUGUGUCUCCCAGUUAAGUAUGGGUUGUUAUUAACAGGACGAAAGAUGCUAGUGUAUCCACAUGAAGCGUUGAUUAGAGAUGGGAUUUGCAAGUGCAAAUUUUAGGCCAAACGACAUGAUGUUUUUCUUUUGUUUGAGAGAUUCUACAUUGCUGGUGGCUGUCCUGUUUUUCAAGUAGAGGAAGUGAUGUUUUAUCCACUUUUUUAACCAAAAAAAGUAAAGACUAUUAUAUUUUGCAGUGCAGUUUUUUGAAUUGUUCACAUAGAGAAAACCUUCUGUUUUAGGUUUUUACUCUUGAGGACUAAUUGUAUGCAAUGUACAUACAAUUGAAAGGAAUGCAAUGUGCAUUAGAUUCUCUCUUUCUCUCAUGUGGGGGAUCUUUUUAUAUAGUAUCACGUCUAUUGUUGUAUAGGGCUGCAAAUGAACCAAACAAUUCAUGAACUGUUUGAGUUAAAGCUCAAGUUCCCUAAAAACUUAACAAAUGAAUCUGAAUAUUAUAAAA